GGAGUUUGCGCAUGCGCCACCAGCAGUAUUGAUGUUGGUGUUGUUGUCGUCAUGGCCGCCUUCUGGAAGGUUUUGUGUUGGAAUGUUGUGCCUUUAUGUCAAAUUAUUACUUCAGCAACAAUGCAACACUUUGUGUUGCAUUCGUGUCAAGAUGUAUCUACCAAGACAACAUAAAUAAGCGUGUUCAGUUUUAACGAUUUGUGGAGACGCUUUUCGGAGAUAUUGGUUGUUUCAAAAACACCGUUUUUCAAUGAGAAAUAUGAAAUAUAUCUAGCAUCUGUGCACGGUUAUCAUCAGGACAGCGUUUGUUGAGUUCAGGAUGAAUGACAUGAACCUGAGUCCUGUGGGCAUGGACCAACUCAGUGUGCCCUCAGUGAGUGCCAGCCACCUGGGUCUGCCCACUUCUCCCACGCACAAUCCCAUUCCCACUCCAGGCAUGCCGGUGGCUAUCCCUAGUUUGGGUCCUUCCCUUGGUUCCCUCCCCUCUGCUCUGUCUCUGAUGCUUCCCAUGGGCCCACUGAGUGACAGAGGAGUGAUGUGUGGCCUUCCAGAACGGAAUUACUCCUUGCCUCCUCCACCAUAUCCACACUUGGAGAGCAGCUACUUCCGACACAUACUGCCAGGUAUUCUGUCCUACCUGGCAGACCGUCCACCUCCUCAGUACAUUCAUCCCAGCAGCCUUAACAUGGAUGGAACCCUGUCUGUGGCCAGCAACAAUCCAUCUGGUUUGGAUCCGUACAGUGGACCUGGAGGCCCAAUGGAGCAGGGCCUAGUGCCCAUGGACUCAAGACAGGUCAGUGGCCAGGGUGAUCUCCAUCAGACUGGACCUCAUGAGUUAGACUCAACAGGAUUAUCCAUGGAGUCCCGUGUAAGCAGCCCCAUUUCCCCCAACCCGAUGGGAGAGGAACUGGCAAACAUGGAUGGAGUUGGAGUGGUUGCAGUGUCUGAUGCCCAGCAGCUCGGAGGGGGAAGGCAGCCUCAGCCUCAUGAGGGCCUGACUGGAGUGGACUCUUCUGGUGGGGUAAUGCCCCUACAUGGACCCUCUGUGUUGGAACUGCCAGUAGUUAUGGAACCGGAUCAUAUGGGGGGGCGGGUGGGAAGCUCUGGGGGAGGAGGAGCAGGAGGACUUGGGGAGCAGCUCCACACAAAUGGGGAAAUGAACUCAGGCGUUGUGAGGGUGGUGCUCUCUGGCUCUAUGGCUAACCAGAGCCAACUGGAACCAGUGUCCCUUCAUGGUCACUCUGGAAUGGGACUGGAAGUGGUUAAUGUGUCCCCGAUCACUGCAGAUGUGUCUCUUGGACCCGAAAACAAUCUGGUGCUGGUCAACUCCACUUUGCAGCUGGAAGACUCGACAUCCAACAAGGAAAACAUGGUUACUUCUUACAACAUCUGGUGCACACUUUGUGAGCGAUCAUACACCUCUGACUGUCCAGAACAUGGCCCAGUCACUUUUGUCCCUGACACACCCAUCCAAAGCAGAGCUCGUCUCUCUCUGCCACGUCCACUGUGCCUGCGCAUCUCAGUUGCUGACGAGCCCCUUGGAGUUUUUGCACGAGAUGUGAUUCCACCAAGGACCUGUUUUGGACCAAUGGUGGGCCAGCAUUGUAGCAAUGUGGAUCUCUCUGACUGGCCAGAAAAGGACACACCUCAAAUAUGGAAGAUGUACCACAACAAUGUGCUGGAGUUCUACAUUGUGACGACAGAUGAGAACGAAUGCAACUGGAUGAUGUUUGUCCGUGAAGCGAGGUCCCAUGAAGAGCAGAAUCUGGUGGCAUAUCCUGCCAACGGUAAACUGUUCUUCUGUACAACCACAGAAAUCCACCCCGACCAGGAGCUGCUCUUCUACUACAGCCGAGACUACUGCAGGCUCAUGGGUGUUCCUCAGGUGCCUGAGGGCCAAAUCUGUCAGUGUGGCAAAGAGUGUUCCUCCUUCUCUGAGCUGAAGUCUCAUCUUAGCAGCCAUAACAGUAACCACAGCCAUAACCAGCCUCCACACAGCCACAGCCCGUCACAGCAGGACCACUCCCAGCAACAGCAGCCACAACCUCCACCACAGCAGCAAGAGCAGCAGCCACAGCAUAUUCACCAGGAAGAAAAGCUGACCAAUGGAACCUCAAGCUCCUCCUCUUCCCCAUGGCCCUGUAAUAGUCACACUGCUGGACAAACAAACAGUGACAAUAACAGCAGCAGUGAUAGAAACUCUAAUAACAGUACCUCAAGAGCUAAAGGCCAGGGCCAUGUGAGGGAGAAGAAAUUCAAGUGCAGCAUGUGUUCCCGGGCUUUCAGCACAUCCACUAAACUGAAUGUGCACUUCAUGGGACAUGUAGGGAUGAAACCUCAUAAAUGUGAGUACUGCAGCAAGGCCUUCAGUGAUCCCAGCAACCUCAGGAUGCACCUCAAGAUUCACACAGGACAGAAAAACUACAGAUGCACUGUUUGUGAGAAGUCCUUCACACAGAAAUCUCAUGUGGCUUCACAUAUGCUCAUCCACACCGUUGCAGAGAAGCUCAAGUGUGACCUCUGUGACCGGGCUUUCUUCAGGAAACAUGACCUGAAACAGCAUAUGCUGUCUCACACACAUGAACGCCGGAUUCAGUGCCCAAAGUGCAACAAACACUUCCUCAAAACCAACCACUUGAAGAAGCACAUGAACUCUCACGAGGGCCGCAGAGACUUUGUCUGCGAGAAGUGCCAUAAAGCUUUCCUCACCAAAUACCACCUCACUCGUCACCUUAAGAUCUGCAAGGGGCCGAACACUGAGAAAAUGUCUCGUAAACAGCAGGAUGCCGAUGAGGAAGAAGAAGAGCAUGACAGCAGAGGAAGGAGAAGAGGAGAGAGGCAUGUUGAGACAGCCAGCGAUGAGGACUGUGGUUUAGAUGUUGGAGGAUAUAACUCUGAAAAAUCCCCGUCACCCCCACAUUGAUAACUGUGUGUCUUCAAAUCUUUUAUUUAUUUGCUUUACUUAAAUACUGUUUACCUCUUGUAUUUGCCAAAUAUUACUUUUAGGAAACCAGCUUUCAAAGAGUAUACUGUAUUUCUGUUAAACUAUUACAUCAUGUCAUGGCAGUUAUGUUAUUUAAGGUUGUGUCUGUUAAACUAAAUAUUAAUUUCUAGUCCUUGACUAACUUGAUGAAGGGGCUUACAUGCAUUUGUAGUUGCACAAUAAUGUCGAAUAAUAAUUCUGUUUUUAUGUAAGUGCUAAAUGGCCCAGGCUUUUAACUCUUAUUUAUUCAAGUUCGUUUUCUUUUUCAAAUGUUGAAAUGUAGUCAACAUUUUUGAGAAUAAGAAUCUGGUCAUUUGUGUAAUAUCCCAAAUUUUAUGACUGUUGAUGAAAUGUUGGAAUACAACCAACAAUAUUUGAAUAAAUGAACAUUCACUUAUCUA